AUGCUUGCCCUCUUUCUCAGCUUGCUGUUUAUUCUAGCUCCUUGCAUCAUUCUCGCCGAAUCGAUAGAGACAUACCGGAUCCAUCACAGAUUCCUAUCUCAUCCUUCGCCUCAAUCUCCUCCUACAUUUCGACAACUGGGUUCAGUCCAAAUAUCCCAAUCAUCAAAUAGCUUUACUACAACCCUUGAAGACAGUCUGGAGAACGUCGCCGAGGAUCUAGUGGAUGAUGGGAAAGGAUGGUAUCAAGUUGGAUUACAACUUUCUGAGGGACAUGGUGUAGAUGAAUGGUUCAUAUCUUCUACUAAAUAUUGCUACUUAUCAUCCUCCUCACCUAAAAUCAAAAUACAUUUAUCAGAAUCAUCUAUCCCUACUUCAUUAUCUAUUCAUCCUACUGCUCCUUCUCAAUCUAGCUGUUCAUCAAAUUCAUCUGAAUCAAUCAAAUUACCCUCCAAAAUCAAUGAAUUACAAUUCGAAUUUCCUAGACACACACAUAAAAUAUAUAGCCCAUCAUUAGCUGCUCCUCCAGCACUUGAUCCAUCAACGGGAUCACCAGCUCAACCAGAACAGGAAAAAUCAUUCGCGCAGAAAUAUUGGAUGUACAUCGUUGGCUUAGCGCUAUUCUUCGCCGUUCAAAUGGGUCCCGAUGAUAAACCCGCCGCUGCAGGUUCAGGUGGUGGAGCAAAAUGA